CGCGGUAGGCGUCACCUGCGCCAGAACCGGAAGAGCUUUGUUAGCAUUCGGCUAAAAACACAGUCAGUUCCGCUGUAAAAACUGGUUAAAAAUCAUCUCAAUCGGUCUCUCUAAUCGAUUAAAGUUGAAUGAUCGAGGAUAAGCUCACGACUGAAGACCCACGUUGAGUGGAAAACACGCGAUGGAUGACAGUAAGAUGGUGGCUGUUAAAGUGAAGAAACCAGGCAAACGCGGCCGCAAACCUGCCAAGAUCGACCUGAAGGCCAAGCUGGAGCGCAGCCGUCAGAGCGCCCGAGAGUGUCGCGCCCGAAAGAAGCUGCGCUACCAGUAUCUGGAGGAGCUGGUGUCCAGCAAAGAGAGAGCCAUCUGUGCGCUGCGAGAGGAGCUGGACAUGUACAAGCAGUGGUGUUUGGCCAUGGAUCAGGGGAAGAUCCCGUCGGAAAUCAAAGCCCUUUUAACCGGAGACGAGCAGAAAGCGCCUCAGAGCUCCAGCAACAAGAUCCCCAAGAACGGCAAGUACGGAUCCAUCGCGAACAAGACGUCUUAGAAGGGAAGAUCCGUGUGGAUCCUGUUUGUUCAUUCACACAGUGUUUAUGAGACGCUUCUUAAUAAUCGGACGUCUCGGAGUCUUAAAUAAGCUUCAUUCCCGAGUACAAAUUCACAAUGACAUCACCUUCAGUUCAUGUGCAUCUAUAUGGUUCAGGUUUUGUCUGGAAUGUUCUGUGUGAUUUGUAAACAUUUCCUCUUCCUUUAUAUAUUUAUUUUGGAGCCUUUUUGAUGAUGAAUGUGAUGAUGUGUGAUAUAAUCUGUUUAAUCCAUUACGACGUUAGAUAUUAGACAUUAUAAAACGGACUGUUGCCAAAAUCUUUUUGCACUUUACAACCAUUUGAAUGAUUUCAACGCGUAGCACUUACUUCCCCUCUCCUCUUGUACAAAUAGACUUGUUUAGUUUGUUGUUGAUCUUAUAUUUAUAUCACUAACUGAACCUUAAAGCACUUUCCUUAAAAGCUCUAAUUUUUGUACUUUUAAGUUUCGUCUUUUUCCUCGAUUUGGUCGGUUUGCCACAAACGAAUAAACGAAUAAAUUCCAACACGGAUGAGUUAUGAUCCCAAAACAAACAUGUGAUGAAUGUAAAACCGUUUCAUCGGUGUUGAUCUGCCCAAACAAACCCGCGUCCAGAUCGUUUUUAUUAGUGUAAAUUCUCCCGAGUCAUAAUCUAUAAUGUUAGAGCUGAAAUGUAUAUUUUUAUAUGACGUGUUUGAAAUGUAGGUUGUAAUUUGUUGCAGGAUUAUAAGCAUGUCUUAUUAAACCAUGUAGCUUUGCUUUGUGAUCUUGAAUACCUGUACAAUAUAAACCUGAAUCUGAA